AUGUCUGCCUCUACAAACACCACUGACUCGAACGACGCCGUCCUCGCCUCUUUCCAGCGCGCCGUCACCAUGAUUCUAGCCAGCAAACCUGCCAGCAACGAGGAGGAACGCGAGCGCCAGCGCAGCUUUGUGCGUAGGACUGUGCAGGCAUUUGUGGAAGGAGAAGACGGACUUCGAGCAGACGAGAUCUGGGGCUUGGAAGACCUACACAACAGAUUCGAUCUCACGGGCAUUCUCGCUAUUCAGCAGCACGACAUUUUUGACGAACACAAUACUUCUGAUCCAAUGGAUCUUGACGCAAUAUCAUCGGCUACUUCCGAUACAGACUGGAUCACAACCGAAGACGAAUCGGCUUCCUCUGAAGAAGAGGUCGCUAGCCCACCACCAGAAAUACGUGAGGCGGUAGCAAGUCCUUCUGCUUCGAAAGCUGCCCCUGCUUCUGCGCAACUCAAUGUUGCACCUCCACUAGCGGGCAUCAUUGCCAGACAAGCCGUUACUUCAGACACAGUAUUGCACUGUGAUAUCUGUGACUGGGGUUGUAGAAAGCCUGGGGACUUCGCUCGACAUAUGAGAGAUGGCCCUGGUCGUGCUGGUUUCCGCGUCGUUCGCAGCGUGGCAGGGGAGGCCACUUGGCAUGGGGCGGAUGGGCAAGGCAACGUCUAUCAGGGCCGCAUUGGCUCUCACGUUGGCCGGCUCUCAAACAACUCUAGGGCCAGUUGCACCUUUGGGCGACGACGAGGACAAUCGGGUGGUGGCGCGCAGUGA